AUGUCCCAGAAACCCAACGAAAAAGCACAGGACGCCACGUCGCACAAUUUCAGCAGCGUGCUUGCGGCGUCGAAGCAACCCGUCUCCUCACAGGAUGCUCUCAAUUACCCUGCACUCCAUUUGUAUCCCUUGAACGACACAUUCGUGUCGAAGCAGAUCAAUCUCGCUCCGACAAAUUCACGGGAGCACAUCAAGAUUGGCAGAUACUCGAACAAUAAGACCGUACCAAGCCCAGUGAAUGGCUACUUCGACAGCAAGGUUCUUUCUCGCGCACAUGCCGAAGUAUGGUAUGAAAACGAUAAAGUAUACAUUAAAGAUAUCAAGUCUUCAAAUGGCACUUUUAUCAACGGAACGCGCCUCUCGCCAGAAUCACAAGAAUCGGAGCCAUUUGAACUACACAACGAAGAUGUCGUCGACUUUGGUAUUGAUAUUCUCACGGAUGAUAAUAAAGAUAUCCUGCACAGACGCGUGGCCUGCCGCGUGUUUCUGGUGAUGACGCCUGAAGAUGCACUCAAGCUUCGAAGCGAUUUCACGAGUCUAUACCGUGGUGGAGUGCAUGGUGGCUCCCUUGGUAAUGCUGGUCUCUGCCCUGGUGCUGAAGGUGGUUUUCGGCGCAACAAAUCAAAUGUGAAUGUGGACCAAGUGAUCAUGCGACUACAGUCCGAGCUUCAGAAAAGCUCGAUGGUUGGUUCAGAUUUGCAUGCGCUGGGAACUAGUAUUCAAAAAAUUCAUGAUACUCUCGAGGGAGGUGCUGUACCGGUUCAGGAUGCGCCAUAUCAAGAGCUCGUACCAGCUUCAGCACCACAUGAUCAUUCAAGCGACUCUACGAAACAAGUCCAACUGAACCCAGCUUCCGCGGCUAGCCUCGAAACUCAACUCGCCAACACCCACAAUGUACUGGCGAGUCAUGUGGAGAAAAUUAAGCACUUGGAGGAGACGCUGGCUUCCUACGAGCGAGUCAAAGAUGAAUUUUCGUCCCUGAAAUGCGAGGUGGAAGAGAUGCGACUCGAGCUACAGAAUCAAAGACGGCAAGAAGACUCACCAAAACAAACUCUGGAUACAUUGAGCGGCGUUCGAAUCCUUGAAGAUGGGUUCGACGAUGCAACGAGUGUGGGAAGUGUGGAGACAGUGGUCGCGGACGCAUCUCAUAGUGCUAUGCCCGACGACACUAUGACCGAUCACUCAAUGGAUGCCUCGGAUGUCACCAUAACCAAGGACGAGGAAUGUGUUGUUCCACCUAGCGCGUCAACGGGGUCACAGGAUUCUGCCGUGAUGCCCGCUCUUCUUUCCAGGAUUGAACGCCUUGAAAAGGCGUUACAACAGCAGCCACAACGUCUUGAUCCAGAUGCAUCAUCAGAAAAAACCGAUUUUUCUUUUCAAGAAUGGAAGAAUAAUUUUGAGCGUCGGUGGGAAGAACAAACAUUGGGAUGGAAGAACGCUCAACAGAAAAUAAAUGAUGCUUUUGAAUCGCGCAGUCUUUCACGAACGCCUAAGAGCUCGUCCUUUACAUCGCUCCUCAUUUGGCUCAGCAAGCAUGAUUCAGAGAUGUCGAUUAUGAAGGUUUCGAUUGAAUUCUUAUGCAAACUCCUUUUUCUGGUGGUGAGUACAAUUGUAGGUGUUGUCAUUUCAUUGGGCAUGGCAAAGCUCUUACUCCCCCUGAUUGACGUGCUAUACGGCUGA